AUGCGUCUUCCAGCUUCGGUCCGCCAUGGCGGGUUUCACCAGCUGAAAGCCGUUCGUAGCUCGAACCUCAUCCGGACAUACUCUCAGCCUCUUUUCGCUCAGUCAAUACGACUGAGAUCAACAUUAUCCAAGAUAUGGGCUCCCACGGGCGGCGUCUCUGCUACGGAGGGCGAAACCGGCCAUGGCAAGCUCAUCCGAGCUGGCUUCCUACGCCAGGCACAAUCCGGAGUCUUUCAACUUCUUCCGCUGGGACUGCGGGUUCAGGAUAAGAUUGAGCGUCUCGUCGACAAGCACAUGCAAAAUCUGGGAGCCUCGAAGCUUGCCCUCUCGACUCUCACAACGGAAGAGCUAUGGCGCAAAAGUGGUCGCCUGGACAAGGUCUCCCCUGAGCUCUUCCGGCUGACUGACCGCAAAGGGGUGCCCAUCAUGCUAUCACCCACACACGAAGAGGAGAUUACAUCCCUGGUUGCGAGCACUCUAAAGUCAUACAAAGACUUGCCCAUCAAGCUGUACCAGAUCACACGAAAAUACCGAGAUGAGAUCCGUCCGAGACAUGGCUUACUACGGUCUCGUGAGUUCAUCAUGAAGGAUCUAUAUACCUUCGACUUGACGGUCGAGUCGGCGGUUGAGACCUAUCGCGACGUCGCUGCCGCCUACUCUGCCUUCUUCGCAGACUUGAACCUGCCCAUACUGGUAGCCGAAGCCAGCUCAGGAGACAUGGGCGGAGAGCACAGCCAUGAGUACCACCUGUCCCAUGCCAUUGGAGAGGACACGGUCGCGGCCUGCAGCACUUGCGGCUAUACCGCCAACGACGAAGUAGCCGCCGCUCGGUCGACGAGGCAGCUCGAGGGCGCGGUUUCUCCCUCGGAUUUCGGCCUCUGGCGCGGGAUCACAAAGGACAGGAUGACGCUUGUCAAUGCGUGGUACCCGCGUCUGGCAAAUGGAUCCUCGUCUGACGACAGCUGGAACAUUCACGCAGUCAAGUCUGUCGUUUCCGGGCUGGAUACCAGCGUCAGCGACGCAUGGGCGCUCUGGAAGGAGGCCGUACAUGGGCCAGGGGGCAAGAGCGGAGAGCUUCGGCUCUUAAAUGUCAUUGACUCAAGACUUGUAACAGCUUUUGAAAAUUUUAGCGACCAGCUCCCCGUAUACCCUCCAAGUCUCGAGAUCGAACACAUCUCUCAGACUUCCGUAACGCAGACUCCCGCCGGGCAGGAGCUCAACCUGCUACGCAUCAUGGACGGCGACGGCUGUCCUCGCUGCGAGACAGGCAAACUCGAGGUCCACCGUGCACUGGAGCUGGGCCACACCUUUCUCCUCGGAACACGCUACUCGGCGCCCCUGGAGGCAACCGUCGCCCUCCCGCAGAACCCACGAGUCCAAGUCCCGGUCCAGAUGGGCUGCUUCGGCAUCGGCGUCUCCCGCAUCCUCGGCGCCGUGGCAGAGCAGCUUGCGGACGACAAGGGGCUCAACUGGCCCCGGGCGAUUGCACCAUUCGAGGUGGUGGUCAUUCCAACCUCUGGCGUCAACGAGGAGAUGUUAGAAUUCUACGAUUCGUUGACCAAGGGUGAAGGCGCUGCGACGGAGCUGGACGUCGUGCUGGACGAUCGCAAGGAGGCGUUCGGAUGGAAGAUGCAGGAUGCGGACAUGACGGGGUAUCCCGUUGUGAUUGUGCUCGGAAAGCCCUGGAGGGAAAGGGGGGAGUGUGAGGUGCAGUGCAGGAGGCUCUCCGUCAAGGAGAAUGUCCAAGCGGACGAUGUGCCGCGGUAUGUGGCGGCUUUGCUGGAGCGGCUGUGA